AUGCAAGCGAAUCAGAUCGUAACUGAUCUGCGCAAUAACAACCCCUGUCUUUCGUUUCAGUUCCGCAAAUCGAUCUAUGUCGUGCCGACCAAACCGGAAGACAUCGGCGCAAACCACGAGCUGUGGUACGGCCUGUUCCAGUCGGCGCUGCUGGGCUCGAAGCCGUUCCUGAACAUUGACGUGUCGCACAAGGCGUUCCCACGUGGUGGCCCGGUGCUCGAUGUGGUGGCCUCGCUGAACCGUAAUUCUCUUCCCACAUCUCUCGCCGGUUGGUUGGCCCAACAGGUGCAUGACUAUCUGAAGGGCAUGGAAGUGGUUUACACUGGACCUAACGGAGUGGGAAAGACGUUCAAGUACAACAGCUUGAAGGGACCGGCCAGUACGCAAAAGUUCAAACUGGAGGAUGGUUCGGAAUCGACCGUUGCGGCGUACUUCCAGAAGCAGGGAGUUCGUCUGAGGUUCCCGGAUCUGCCGGUGAUGCACGUCGGAAGCACCAUCCGUAACAUUAUGGUGCCGAUGGAACUGUGUGCGAUUCCGCCGGGACAGGCGUUGAUCAAGAAGCAUCCGGACCAGUGCACCCAGAUGAUUAUCCGACGGUCAGCCACGGAUACGGUCACCCGGAAGGGCAAAAUCAUGGACAUUUUCAACCAAAUCGAUUACAACAACAGCAAGACGAUUAAGGACUUUGGCUUUGGCGUGGGCAAUUCGUUCGAGGUUGUCGACGGACGCAUCAUUGGACCGCCGAGCGUGCUGUAUCGUAACAACGUCACAAUCACACCCUCGCGAGGCCAAUGGCGCGCGGACAAUGCGUCCUUCAUCCAGAUCAACCCGCAACCGCUGCGCUGGAGAAUCCUAAACCUGGACGACCGCACUCGUCCGGCCGGGAUCCAGCAGCUUGGGCAAAACAUUUUCCAAGUGUCCAGGAAGCAUGGCAUCCAGCUGGAGCCGUUCUCGAUGCAGCAGACGUACUACGAACCGCGCGACCUUCGCAACGCCAUCCGUGAGGUGGACUCGAUCUUUGAAGAUUUGAAGAAGCAAAGAAUGGACUUUGUCAUCGUGGUCAUUUCCGGCAUGGGUGAUCAAUACUCGAAGGUUAAGCAACGAGCGGAGCUGGUAACCGGUCUGUUGACGCAGUGUAUCAAGGGGGACACGGUGUACAAGAAGGCGGGCGAUAUGAGCACCAUCAACAACAUUUGGCUUAAGAUCAACGCCAAAACCAACGGGACGAACCACGUGCUGAAGCCGGAAUGCAAGCCGCCCCUCAUCCGCAAACGCGUCAUGUACGUCGGAGCGGACGUAACCCAUCCCUCGCCCGAACAAACCAACAUCCCGAGUGUGGUGGGCGUGGCCGCUUCGUACGACCUGGAAGGAUUCCGGUACAACUGCUGCUACCGCCUGCAGAACCCCAAGGACGAAAUGAUCCGCGACCUCGAAAACAUCAUCAAGAAGCAGCUCCUGCAGUUCAAGACGUGCAACGGCGCGCUCCCCGAUCUGAUCAUGUACUACCGGGAUGGCGUCUCCGAGGGACAAUUCUCCGAGAUCCUAACCAUCGAACUGAACGCGAUCCAGAGUGCGGUCGCCUCCACAAGUCCGGGCGCGAAGGUCGCCGUCACGUUCAUCGUGGUCCAGAAGCGGCACCACGCGCGCUUCUUCCCGACCCGCGGAACCAUCGAUGUCGAAGGCCGAAACCAGAAUCUUCCCCCGGGCACGGUCGUGGACAAGCACAUUACGGCGCCGAAUCAGUACCAGUUUUUCCUGAUUUCCCACCAGGCGGUCCAGGGCGUGGCCAAGCCGACCAAGUACUGCGUCCUCUACGACGACGUCAACUCCGAUCCGGACGAGCUGCAAUCGGUCACGUACGCGCUCUGUCACAUGUUUGCACGCUGCAACCGGGCCGUGUCCUAUCCGGCACCGACCUAUUACGCGCAUUUGGCCGCCUUCCGGGGCCGGGUUUACAUCAAGGAUCGCCGUCUGAACAUGAACGACCUGGCUGGAGAGUACCGGAAGAUGCAGAUCAAGCCGGAAAUCAUCGACGGGCAUCCGAUGUUCUUCGUUUAAAAUUAUUACAUUCUUUUUUUUUUUGCGCUCAUGGUCCUAUAAGCUAUUGUUUUUCGUAAGUUUAUAGAACCUAUUAAAAAAAAACUCUAGAAUUUAAGUUUUUAAAGUCAUCAGUGGCAUUUUAUUUACAAAAACAAUCAAAACUAAUGAAAAAUCGAAUCUCUGUUUGGAAAAAAAAUAUUUGGUAAACUCAAAGAUUAGAGGUUGAAAUUUCCCAAAAAAAAAUGUUCUGGUCCUUUUUUUCCUUAUUUUUGAAAAGAUUUGAUAACGGAUCCACUAAAUGACUAUUGGCAUUUGUUCACGAAACUCUGUAACAUGCCUUAUUUUUUAAUAUAUAUAAACUAUUUUUAAAUAGUAUAAAGCAAGAUUUAUACACUUUUUUCUCAUCAUUGCACGAAUUUUUUUUAAAAACUUUGCUUAUCAUUACAAACUAAAGUGAUAAAAAAACAUACUAACCUAUUAUACCCACACAAAAAAAUAUUGAUUGAACAACACCAUUAUACAUGACCCAUUUCCGUAGUAACUUUUCAAUACGGCGUAACCUUGGGCAAACACCAGCAAUUUUAAACCAUAUUGAAAAGAUAUUGCAGAAUUUAUGUUAUUCGUAACCAUAAAUGUAAAAUAAACUUUUAUUUGUUUUUUCCCCUA